CCGAGCCCGUCAGAUUUGGCGGUCUGGCUUCAACAUGGCCGCAGCGCGCAGCGUCAACGCAGAGAGCGGCCGUGAGGAAGAGGGGCCCGAGGGGUCGUGUCCGGAAUCAGGGCCCCCCGGCGCCACCAUCCCGAGGGUGAAGCUCCUCGACACUCUGGUGGAUACCUUCCUCCAGAAGCUGGUCGCCGCCGGGAGCUACCAGAGAUUCACUGACUGUUACAAGCACCUCUACCAGCUGCAGCCUGAGAUGACACAGCGAAUCUAUGACAAGCUCGUCACCCAGUUGCAGACAUCUGUCCGGGAGGAAAUCUCUGAGAUCAAAGCGGAGGGGAACCUGGAAGCGGUCUUGAGCUCCUUGGACAAGAUCGUGCAAGAAGGCAAAGACCGCACGGAGCCGGCCUGGCGCCCCAGUGGGAUCCCGGAGGAAGACAUGCGGAGCGCCCUGGUGCCCUACUUCGUGCAGCAGCGGGACGCCCUGCAGCGCCGUGUGCACAGACAGGAGGCCGAGAACAGGCAGCUGGCCGAGGCCGUCCUGGCCGGGCGGGGGCGGGUGCAGGAGCUGCGGCGGCAGGGCGGGGCGCGGCGGCAGGCCUGGCAGGCCCUGCGCAGAGAACAGAUGGAGCUGCUGGGCGUGCUGGGGGAGCCUGAGUGAGGAGGCGGCGGCCAGACCAGGGCGGUCGGGGCCAAGGGCCUGGGCACGCUGCCCCUGAGGACCACUGAAAUCAUGCCCAGUCCCCGAGCAGGGAUGGAAUGAGCUGGGGGAUGAGGCCCGACUGUCUCUCCUGCUUUGGGGCUCCCUUGGGUCACACACGCAGCCCCUCACCCCUUUCAGACCCUUCCCUGUUUUCUUCUAACCUGAGGACUGUCGGCCAGCUCCCGUGCUGGGAAUCAGGCACCGGGCUCUGUGUCCUCCAGGUCAGGGCCAGCCGGCUGCCGUGCCCGUUCCUGAGCGCCCCCGGACCUGGCUCAGGGAGUCUCUGUUCGGUCUGCCCUGAUUGCCCCCUUGCCAGUCAGCCCGAGGGACCGUGCCGUGUUCUCCCCACAUCCAUAAAUAAACUUCCUCCACUUCCUCCAUUGUAAUCUGUGAGGCUGCUGCUUCUGCCGGGCCUCUCCAGCCUCUCCUGGGCCAAGGCCCCCCGCAAGGCCCCAGCGCUGCUCUGAGAGCCUCCAGGCUGGGGUGGGCUGGCGGGGGCACACCUGACCAUCACGUGCAGGGGAACAGCGAGCCCCUCGGCAUGGAGACCAGGACCCCUGGGUUCCACCCUUCUCUUUGCCACUCGGAUUCAUUGUGAGAAAGCCCCGGGCGGGCCUCCCUCAGUCUUGCGCAUGGUGAGCGUGCACACGCACACACACACACACGCACGCAGAUGGGCGCUUCCUCUGACCGGCCGGUGAAGUGGAUGGGUACUCGUGGGGCGCAAAACUGUUUUCCCUGGAGAGGGCCUCACCCCGGGGAGGCUUGGUUGGGUCUGUCUGGGGGCACUGGGGACACUCAGGCAGAUGUCAGGGGGCCCUUGCUGGCCACCUUCCUGCCUGGACCAGAGCCCAAUGGGGCUGCAGCAUUCACACGUGAGACCCCCCUCAUGCCUGGCCGCAGGCCGUGGGGUGGGCAGUGAGGCCGGGCUCAAGGACACCCUCCCUCCAGGCGGGGCUGAGUGGACGUGGCCCUCAGCUGUGCUGGGAUGGGGUUUUUCGGGCUGGACGUCUGUGUCUUGAUAGACAGGCCCCCACAGUUGUUAACCUCGAGGAGGCCGCCAGGGCAGGAGGAGGGUCAGAGGGUCAGAGGCGCACUCCGUCUCCCAGCUCCUCACAGGCCCUGCUUCUCCCCCUUGCGAGGGAUUCCGGGAGAGGGUCCCCACUGCCCUGAACAGAAGAGCUGUCUUUUAUCUGA